AUGGCAGCUGAGCUUGCGCGGCAGUUAGGCGUGCCCGGCCCGGCUUCGCGGAUCCUCUUGAAGCCGCACGAUACGGCAGAGUGGGAGCAGCUAAGUGCCAGGGCUCUGGAGGUUUGCCCGCCACUGGCAGAGGUGCUCCAGAAGAAGAUGUCGAUGCUGCUGCUGCAGUUCGUUCCUGGUCAAAACCUGGAAAGCGAAGUGGAGACUUUCCAAGGGCCGAAUCUGGCCAAUGCUUGCCACAAAUUGGGCCGCUUGUUUAUCCUGGACUUGCUGCUGGGCAAUGCUGAUCGAUUGCCUUUGCAUUCUUUAGGUUGGCGCGGGAAUCCCGGGAACGUGCUCUGGAGCGAUGGCCGCUGUGUUCCCAUCGAUGCGGUGGUGGCGCGAAGACCACCGAAACUGCUAGUUCGGGAGAUGGAUCAGAAAGCCGCGUGGCUUCUCGAGCUGGUCUUGCUGGAUCGGGCGAGUGCGCAGCAGGCGCGGGCUGCAUAA